AUGCCCACUUUCACCAAAACGGUUGAGGGGGCUAUGGAUAGGGUCAGGGAUAGAAAUUUCAACAUCAAUGAGGCCCUUAAAUUUCUUCUUGCUAAACAAAGACGGCCUUCAAGCUCGGAUAAAAUUGGAAAGGUAGUUUUGACUUGCUUAAAUGGCCCAGUUUUAGAACUAGAUGAAACAUGCAGCGUGAAGUCAACAUCCCCAAAACUUGGUACACCAAUCUCAAACACAUUGGAUAUUAUGAAGAUGACGUUUAGGAAGUUGGAAAUGAAUAGAGGUGAUAAUGUCGUCGCAGAUACUGGAACUAUCUUGAACGCGUCUACAGAGGUGUGGCCCAGUCUCAAAUUUAUCAAUGAAAGACUCAAUGCGUCACAAAGGGAAGCAGUUGAAUUUUCGAUAGAUCGUUCAAAAUUCACUAUUGUUUUCGGAGCUCCUGGCACAGGAAAAACCAUGGCACAGGUUGAAUUGGUUCAGUUAUUAACAGGUCCGAGUGAGAAAGUUUUGGUAUUGACCAGUCAACUUAGUUGA